AUGCAUCAACAGAAUAUUCUCACCACCACCGAGGCCGUCACGCCAAAUAUCGGCAAGAAGAGAGCUCUUCGGCCGGAGGAUGAGGUGCUCGAUAACGACGACUCCAAGAAGCGCCGGUACGCACACCACGACGUGCGUGUGGCUGGACGUUGUGGCAGUAACGUGCGCUUUGGUACUACUCAGCUCGCUCUCACGGCCUCAGAGCACCGGGAAACCUUCGAUUCUUCGGAGCAGCCGCAACGAGGUCGCACAAGGUGGCGAGAGGGAAGUGAGCCGCCGAACUGGGACUGUAAGGAGUUCCACGGGCGUCAAAGCAUGAGUGCGAGCUAUGAUGAUAGCCCUGGAGCAGAGAGGAACCCUCUUCAAGACUCUUGA